CAACAAAUCCGGUCUUUGCCUUCCAGAGCUUGCAGUCUCCCCGUCUCAUAGGAUGGAUUUUACCGGUGGGGAUAUAUAUCUGUCCAGCUUUGACCCCAAGGCGUAUCUGACUUCCUUCUACUCUGCUGGAUCCGAAAGAGAUAACAUAGUCAAGUUUAGACUACAAAAACUUCACGAAACAUUCGGACCAGGAGGGAUCAGUGGAGACGUCCUGAUUGACAUCGGCUCCGGGCCCAGCAUCUACCAAUUCCUGUCUGCCUGUGAAUCUUUUCCUCACAUCAUCGCCACGGAUUUCACCGACCAGAACCGGCAGGAGCUGGAGAAGUGGCUGCACAAUGACCCGGAGGCGUUUGAUUGGUCGAAAAUUGUGAAGACCGCCUGUGAGAUCGAAGGGAAGAGCAGAGACAAGUGGGAAGAGAAGCAGGACAAGCUGAGAUCCAGAUUACGGAAGGUUCUGAAGUGUGAUGUGACGGAGAGUAAUCCCCUGGGUCCUGUAGAAGUCCCCCCUGCCGACUGCCUGACAACCUCCUUCUGCCUGGAGACGGCCUGCAAAGACCUGGAGGCGUAUCGCCGCGCUAUUCACAAUAUCACAAAACUGCUGAGACCCGGAGGACACCUGGUGGUCCUGGGGUCCCUGGGGAACACCUACUACACAGUGCAGGGGAAGAACUUCUCCUGUCUUCCUCUGGAUGAAGAUGAUGUGAAAGGAGCCGUCACCCAGGCUGGAUACACAAUACAAAGCGCGGAGGUGUUCCAGAUCUCCGAUAGAAUGGCUCAGCUCCAGACUGCCGACAGCGUGGCCAACAUUGUUCUUGUGGCCAAAAAAGAGGCAGAAAAUGUAACCGGCUGAUAAUAUGAAAUGUAACAAAGUG